AUGGAGCUAGACGUUGUCGUGUGCUCUACGUCGGGUAAGCCGGUCUUUCGACACAAAGUGUCGAGCUCGAAAUUUAUAUCUGAAGACGACGACUCGUCUACUAGCUCAUUUGCAAGCUCACUUCAAGGUCUCUUGUCUUUUGUUUCUUGUACACAAAAUGAGGAGCUACUUGAGAUAGAGGCUGCAGGAUGUCGCUGCGUAUUUCGCAGCUCCGAUAGCCUCACGUUUGCUGUUAUCGUCCACGAAGAGACUGCAGCUUGCAACAACGAAGUACCGGCAAUUGCUUCGCGGUGUUUACAGCACCUAUUACAACUUCUACAUAAUCAAAUUCUUUUCGUACUGAGCGAUCGAGGACUUGACGUACUGCGGCGACAGUCUGGUUAUGACUUACGCUUACUUUUAAAUGGCACAGAACGAGUCACGAGGUCAUUGAUAGAGCUCUGGGCAACAAUCCCGACGUUGCGCUUUACAGAUUGUGGCGCUUCGUUUGUUCGAUUGAAACCUGAGAGACGACGAGAUAUUAUUCAGGCGUUAGAGCAUGACGAAAAUGCUGCGACACCUUCAAUGAUAUGUGGACUGCUGUUGGCACAAAAACGAAUUGUGGCAAUCGCUCAGCCUAAGAAAAAACAAUUUAACAUGCUCGUUGAUGAUUUGCUUCUGCUUAUCAACUUUGUAUACCAUACGCCAUCACUGGCUUCGAGUGAAACCUGGACUCCAAUAUGCUUGACAAAUUUUAACCCCAGCGGAUUUUUAUAUGCAUAUAUGGUCUUCUUAACAAGUGACGUGUGCUUGCUGCUGCUUAGUAGUCAGCAGUCUCCAGAGCAAUUUCCACAUUUUCAAGCUAGAAAGGAAUAUGUGGUACGACAUUUACAUGCUAGUGGUGCAAUGAAAGCGAUUGAAUCAUCUCUGAAGAAUUUCUCCAAGUGGCAGCCGCACUGUGACUUACGACUUCUAAAUCAUUUUAUUUUUAAGAAUGAACUCACAGGGGAAUGCGUGGAACCAGAGCUCGUGUUCCCAUUUGACAAUGAUGACUUUGAAACUCGCGUGCAAGUGAUGAACGAAUACGCCAAGCUUCAGCAUCUAAUGUUUUCUGCACCAGUAAAUUCUCAAACACACGAGAGUCAAAUUUUAGGGAAACCGUUGUCCUCUUUACGCGAAAACACGGCAGCGCGUAUGGUGUACGAACGAAGUGACACAGGACUUUUUGUAGGCAUGUGCAGUGCUGACUACCGAAUAUUUGUGUGGUUUGACUCACUAUCUAGUAUUUCAGACGCUAGAGACCAAAUUCAAGUGUUAUUAGAACGAUUACGCCAUGAUGAAGAGCUAAUGUCCGUCGCUCUUUAUAUUUCUAGUAGUGGUUACUCAUCUGUCAGCUCGCUCGGAAUGUGGCCUUGA